GUCUGAGAGUUGUGUGAAUAACAAUUUAUUCUAAAUUAAUUUGUAUAUAAGUCUAAAAACAUCUAUUUGAUUUUGUUUUGAAUUAGACCUUGAAUAUUAAGUGAAAACAUCAUAAUGCCUCUGAAUGAAAAUGAGUGGUACAUUGAAGCACCUUGGGGCAGAAUUUGCAUCAUAGCAUGGGGAGACUGCUUGAAUCCCCCGGUACUACUGUGCCACGGGUCUUUGGACUCCGCCGCCACCUUCAGGCCUCUGGUAGCGAUGCUGCCCGAAAACUUUUAUUAUAUCGCCAUGGAGUUCCCAGGCAAUGGGAAGUCAGACUGGUUCCCACCAGGGCUCAUGCUGAGCUCUUACGACUUGGUGUACCCCGUAGCUGUCGUCGUCGAACACUUCCGAUGGCAGAAGUUCGUCUACAUGGCACACUCUUUCGGCACCAUUAUUGGCAAGCUGUACAAUCUGUCCUACCCAGGGAAGAUCUCAAAAGUGAUCAAUUUGGACCCCACGCCGAAUCUACUGACAGUGCCUGCUGAUGAAUUUAGCGAAUGGUAUCACUUCUAUUUUUCGAAGUUUUACGAGAAAUAUGAAACACUCAACACGCCGAAGGAGACUGGACCUAUUUACACAUAUCAAGAGGCCAUAGAUACACUUAAGAAGAAACGCGACCUAACCGAUGAGUUAGCUGCCGCCACACUGGAGAGAAUAUCAGAACCGGUCUGCAAGCAUAUGAUUAGAGAGCGGUCACCAAAGAUUUUGGAGAAAUAUAUUGCCGCGAUUUAUUUGGGAGCUGGCCUGGUGACGCGCCCCCCAUUCUCCCCGGACUCUCUCCAGUCGCUGUUCACGAGCAUCCCCACCCCCACGCUGUCUAUUAUCGCGGAGCAGUCCAUAGACAACGGGAGAUACGACCGGGCGCUGUUCAAGCUGGACGAGAAGGCGUUUCCACUAAAAAACUAUAGGGUCAGAAGAGUGGAAGGUGGUCAUGACGUGCAUCUUCUAAACCCAGAGAGACUCGCCGGAUUCGUGUCACAGUUCUUACUACACGGGCUUGAAGGGUUAGACUCUAAGGCUAAGUUAUGAAGAACAUUGGGGUAGGAAAUUGUAAUAAUAAUAUUUAUUAUACAAAUGUUAUGGAGUAUUUGGUAAGUUGGCACUUGGCGUUAGUUUUCAAUUUGCUGUAAAAUCUCUUUAAGGACUUAUCUUUUCAAUCGUCGGUAAACUUUUAACUGAAGAAUAAGUUUCGCAAAAUGACAAGGAUAUUCUUCAUUUAAGAGAUAUCCGACGAUUGAAAAAUCAGCCCUAAAAGCAAUAAAAAAUUGUUAGUCAAUUGAGUGACUGAAAAUCUAAGAGAUUCAUGUUUGAAAGCUCAUAAAAAAGAGGUUGAUUUUAUAGUAAAAUUAUUUUAAAAAAUCACAUUAAUUAAUUAGAUUUUUUCCUUUGUGUUACAUGUCAGUGUUACCAUUUAUUAUUAUAAAGUGAUGUAUAAAACGUUGAAAAUCUUAUUCUGUUUUAAAAUAAUAUAAUUAGACACAUUCCGAAAUGUUAAUAAAUUGGUGCAUUUAAAAAAAAUGUUGAAAGUUUAGACUGGACAAUAAAUAAAGUCAACAAAAACAUCUCAACAAACAACAAAAUUGCCUACUAUCCGUUCGCGAUAAGUUUGCCGCUGGCGAUAUGACGUCACUCGAAGAAAAACGUCUAUAACUUUA